AUGUUUUACUUUAGCCAAGCCACCUCCGGCCCUGUUUUGAGAUACCGGGGAUCCUACUACGUGCAGCUUCCCGACGGUUCCCUGCAGGUCACCUACCACGUGGUCGGCGAUUCAGGCAUCGUGGCUGAGGUCACCUACGAGGGACAGGCUCACUACCAAGCCCACCAACCUUCCUACCAUCCUACACCUUCCUACCAUCCUAAACCUGCAUACCAGCCUACACCUUCCUACCAUCCUACAUCUGCCUACAGGCCAACACCUUCUUACAGGCCGAGACCUCAUUACCUUGUAGCCCAAAUUACAAAAAUUCAGACCCAUAAAGAGUCACAUCCAAACUCUGGUCACAUCACCUCGCUCAGCAGUUGUGAAAAUACGGAAGAACUAUGA